CAUGGCAGCCUGGAAGGGCCUCUCUCAGAGUCACCUGGUGCAGUCUCUGGUGGACCUGUUCAGAGGGGCCGAGGCCGGCCUCCCAGGUCUCCCUGGUCUCCCUAGCAGCAAGGACUCGGAUGACUCUGUUGAGGAUGACGACGACGACGACGAUGAUGAUCUGGAUGAUUUGGAGGAUGAUGAGGAGGACUCGGAUGACAGCUUGUCAGAUUCUGACAGUAACUCGGACAGCGACAAGGACGUCUCCGGUGGCAAACUGAAGGACCCGAAGCUGAAGCUGCCAUCGUCAGGCUCCGUCUCCAAGAUGGAGAAGACCCCACUCAAGCUAACCAAAGGCCACGCCUCCUUACUGAGUAGCACAACCAAUCACACAGCCGCCAGCUGCUCCCCACUCAACCUGCAGGUCAUCAAGACGCCCAACAUCGUCACCAGCUCCAGUGCCUUGGCCUAUCACAACUCUCCUUCCUCCUCCUACUCCCUGGUCACGCCCCCAGGCGCAGGGAAAAGAAAGAGGGUGAUGGAUGAGCAGGACUUGAGGAUACCUCUGGAGUUGGGCUGGCAGAGAGAAACGCGGAUCAAGAGCGCGUCCGGGAAGAUGCAAGGCGACGUGGCGUACUACGCGCCAUGCGGGAAGAAGUUGAGGCAGUACCCAGAUGUGGUGAAGUAUCUAUCCAGAAAUGGAAUAAGUGGCAUCACACGCGAUAAUUUUAGCUUCAGUGCAAAGAUAAUGGUUGGUGACUUCUAUGAAGCCAGAGAAGGACCCCAGGGUCUGCAGUGGAGCCUGUUGAAGGACGAGGACGUCAUCCCUCAUAUCCUGGCCAUGGAGGGCCGGCGGGGACGGCCCCCCAACUCAGAGCGCCAGCGCGGGGCCGAGGGGGGAAAGGGCUCCCGGAGAAGGAAGGGCCGGCCACCCAACGUGGGAGAGGGUCUGGGGUUGGGGGCCGAGGUGCCUAGCCCCAGCGAGGCCAAACUCUUACGCAAACUGGAGGCCCAAGAGAUAGCCAGGCAGGCGGCCCAGAUGAAGAUGAUGAGGAAGCUAGAGAAGCAGGCCAUGGCCAGGGCAGCCAAAGAGGCCAGGAAGCAACAAGUCUCUCUUUCAGCCAUCAUGGCGGCCGAGGAAAGGAGGAAGCAGAAGGAGCAAAUGAAGCUCAUCAAGCAGCAGGAGAAGAUCAAGCGUAUUCAGCAGAUCAGGUUGGAGAAGGAGAUGAGGGCACAGCAGAUCCUGGAGGCUAAACGGAGAAAGAAAGAAGAGGUUGCGAAUGCCAAAAUUAUGGAGGCAGAGAAACGAAUAAAGGAGAAAGAAAUGCGAAGACAGCAUGCAGUCAUUUUGAAGCACCAGGAGUUGGAGAGGCAUAGACUAGAUAUGGUAUGGGAGAGGGAGAGGAGACGGCAACAUGGGAUGCUCAUGAAGGCGGUGGAGGCUCGCAAAAAAGCAGAGGAGCGCGAGCGCUUGCGGCAGGAAAAGAGGGAUGAGAAACGCCUGAACAAGGAGCGGAAAUUGGAGCUGAGGAGGCUGGAACUGGAGAUUGCCAGGGAGCUGAAGAAGCCAAAUGAAGACAUGUGUCUGGCCGAUCAUGAGCCUCUUCCAGAGUUUUCCAGAAUCCCUGGCCUGAUCUUGCCGGGGGGUGCGGUGUCUGACUGCCUGAUGCUGAUGCAGUUCCUACGCGGUUUUGGGAAAGUGCUGGGCUUCGAUGUGGGGGUGGACGUACCCACCCUGGGCAUGCUGCAGGAGGGCCUGCUCAACGUGGGAGACAGCAUGGGACACGUCCAGGACCUGCUGGUCAGACUGCUCUCCCUGGCCGUGUGUGACCCUGGACUGCCCCCUGGUCACAAGACCAAGACCAUGCUGGGGGACCAUCUGACCAACGUGGGCAUCAACCGGGACAAUGUGUCGGAGGUGCUGCAGAUGUACAUGGGGGCCUAUUGCGGGCAGACUGACCUGGCUGAGCUGGCCCUCAGCCUGAAGACCAAGGCCUUCCAGGCUCACACCCCCGCCCAGAAGGCAUCCAUACUGGGCUUCCUGGCCAAUGAGCUGGCCUGCAGCAAGAGUGUCGUCAGCGAGAUCGACAAGAACCUUGAUCACAUGACCAACAUGAGGAAGGACAAGUGGCUGAUCGAGGGCAAACUCAAAAAGUUGAGGACCAUCCAUGCCAAGCGGACCGGGAAGAGAGAUGCCAGCAUGGGAGGGGAGGAGGCCCAGCCCCUGGGUACGCCCUCCUCUGGCCUCAAACGCAAGAGAAAGGCCGGAGCAGAAAGCGACGACGACGAGGAUGAAGACGAAGACAGCGAUGACCUGGCCGAUGAAGAUGACGAGGAAGAGGAGGAGGAGAUGAAGAAGGCGAAGAAAGUGGAAACGUGUGACGAGGACGAUGGGGACCAAUCAACUAGUGUGGAGGAGCUGGAGAAACAGAUAGAGAAGCUAGCCAAGCAACAGCACCAGGUGAGGAGGAAGCUGUUUGAGGCGUCCCACUCCCUGCGCUCCAUGAUGUACGGCCAGGACCGGUACCGCCGGCGCUACUGGGUUCUGCCCCACUGCGGAGGGGUCUUCAUCGAGGCCAUGGAGAGUGGAGAAGCUGUGGGGGAGCUGGAGAAAGAGAGGGAGAGGAGGAGGGUGGCAGCAGGGGAGGUGCACAUCAAGGAGGAGCCGCAGGAGGAGGAGGUGCAGAAGAAGAAACCUGGGGGCGUCGGCGGGGAGGAGAGGAGCGUCUACACCUCCGUGCGGUCAGAGGAGGGGAAGGAGGAGAAGAAAGGUUCUCCCAAUCUUUUCCUCUUGCAUCCGGCCUCUCUCUCCAAACUGACCACGCUGCUCGACGUCGCUAAGGACGUUGCCAAGGAAAUCCGCGAAGUCAAGGCAGACCUCCGCCCCAAAUACAGCCCAACACCACCGUCUGUCACCACGACAACAAAAACAACACCACCAUCCGAUCCCGCCAACAACGCCUCUCUGCCCGCUAAACCUACAAGCCCCUGUGCGUCGACGGCGCCCAACCUGCCGUGCGAGGAGGCCAAACCCGGCUACCCCACCUCCACCUCGUCCCCCUCCUCGUUCUCCUCCCUCCUAAGCCCCCCCCCACCCCAGCUUUUCAGCCCUAUAAAGACCUCCACCCUAGCCCCUAACCCUCCACAGCUCCAGUACCUCCCCAGCGACCAGCUCCUCAGGGUCCUGACAGAGAGGAGCGGUCACUGGUUCAGCCUACCCCCGCUCCCCUGUGACGACUCCUCCCUCACCACCUCUCCCUCCCCUGGGCCCGGCCCUCUCCAGUCCUCCCCGCUGCCUUCCUCCAGCCUCACCCGGCCCAGGUCUCCCCCGGCUUCCCCCGCCCUGCCUCUCACCCCCUCGGCAGCGUCGGCCUCAGCCAGCCCCCACCACCCAGCUGGCUUCAUCAACUACCCUCUGUCAGCCCUGCAGGUUAAGGCUGGAGGGUCGUUGCUGAGUCUCUCAGCGUUCUGCGGUGGCUGGCCCAGUGGAAUGCUGAGCCCCAGCCAGCUGCCCUUCUGCAGCAGCCCCCUGCCAGGCCACUCAGGCCUCAGCUCCGUGGAGGGCAGUGCCAAUGCGCCGCCCAGCGUCUCCAGCAAGAGCGAGUCGCCCGUUCCUCCUGGCGAGAAGCUCUCGUCCACGGUGCCCUCUCCCGCCAUGAUGGAGGUGCCCAAACACUCAGACCACCCCACACCACGGCCCAUCCCCGAGGAGAUGCUGUCAGGCUGGUGGCGGGUGUCAGACAUUGAGGAGCUGCGCACCCUGGUGGGGUCUCUCCACAGCCGGGGAACCAGAGAGAAGGGCCUGCACCGACAGAUGCACAAAUACAUGGAGCUCAUCCCACAGGUCUGCACCAAGCACCGAGACGCGGCCAUGAUAGAGCUGUGUGAGCUGGAGGAGAGCCAGGUGAGUGUGGAGUCAGUGCGUGGGUGGUGUGUGGAAGAGCAGGCCAUGGAGAUGGACAUCGCUGUGCUGCAGCAGGUGGAGGAGCUGGAGAGGAAGGUCACCACCGCCAGCCUGCAGGUCAAGGGCUGGAUGUACCCCGAGCCCCAAUCAGAGAGAGAGGACCUGGUCUACCACGAGCACAAGCCCCUCCCCAAACACCAACCAGCGGCGGGCGGCCCUGGCGACAAAGACCAACCGGAGGACAAGGCGGACCACAAGGCGGGCGGCGUGGUGCGUCACGCGGACAACCCUCUGGACAUAGCGGUGACGCGGCUGGCGGACCUGGAGAGGAACAUCGAGAGAAGGUACCUGAGGAGCCCCUUAGGUACCACCAUUCAGAUCAGGCUGGAUAAUGUGGGGGCUAUCGGUACCGUCACUGUCCCCGCUCCCUCCAGUAGUGCUGACAGGGAAGGGGGCGAGGAGGAGGUGGCCCAUGGGAUGAAGGUGUGGAGGAAGGCCCUGGGCGACGUCCGCAGUGCCGCCCAGCUGGCCAUGUGUCUCCAGCAGCUCCAGAAGUCCAUCGCCUGGGAGAGGUCCAUCAUGAAAGUGUACUGUCAGAUCUGCAGGAAGGGUGACAACGAGGACCUGCUCCUGCUGUGUGACGGCUGUGACAAAGGCUGCCACACGUACUGUCACAAACCCAAGAUCACCACCAUCCCCGAGGGGGACUGGUACUGCCCCGCCUGCAUAUCCAAGGCGAGCGGCCCGUCUCCCAAGAACAAGAAGCCGCCCAGCAAACUGGUGGCGGGUGGAGGCGGGAAGAAACCCACCGCUGCCGAGGCCAAGCGGAACGGGAAGCAGGCCGGCAACAGUAACGGUAACGUGGAGGUGUCAGAGGACGACUCGGCGUGCGCCAGCGGCACCCCGAAGAAAGGAGGAGGAGCGAAAGAGCCCCCCAGCAGGAAGAGGAAAGGAGAGGAGAGCCCCGCCCCGUCCCAGGCCCCGCCCACACCCCAGUCACCCAGUCUGGAGAGCCCUGUGGUGUGUGUGAAGAGAGCCAAGACAGCCAGAGACAACAACAGAGACCUUGGUUUGUGCAGGGUGCUCCUGGCUGAGUUGGAGCGUCACCAGGAUGCCUGGCCCUUCCUCAACCCCGUCAACACCAAGGGGAUCCCUGGCUACAGGAAGGUCAUCAAGAAGCCCAUGGACUUCGCCACCAUCAGAGAGAAGCUCGUCAGCAGCCAGUAUCAGAAUCUGGAGACUUUCAUUAUUGACGUCAACCUGGUUUUUGAUAACUGUGAAAAGUUUAAUGAAGACAAUUCAGACAUCGGGCGAGCGGGACACAACAUGAGGAAGUUCUUUGAUAAGAGAUGGACAGAGCUUCUCAAUGAAAUAAACUAAUCCAUCAAUUUGGGUGUUGUUUUACCGAUCAUCAUCACUGUCUCGAACCAGACCUCCAGUAACAUUAUUUGACAUUUCAUAGCGGAGGCACCACGUUUUGGGAACGACAAGAUGAUGAUGCUGGUCCGUCUGUACCUUUGGGACGAACCCGGGGCAGUUAAAGUGAAAUGUCAACAGACAGACUUGUAAACGCUGGUGUUGCUACAGUACAACAGGGAUCCAAACACCCAAAGAGUCCCACACAAUGUCAACCGGGUGUCUUAGUGCAAUACCUUUUCCUGUUCAAGAUCAUUGCACUGAAUCCUCAUCCUUCUCAACCACCCGAAAUGCAUCUGCGGUAGAAUACUUUCCACUACUUGUAAAUAGACGUUUUAUUUUUAUUUAAUCGUAUUAUAGUGAAUGUAUUUAAUUUUUUAAUAAUUAUUUAUGAAUCAAUAAAUAAAUAAUAAAAAAAGGUCCACAUCAUUUUCUAUGAAAAGGAAGAAUCAGCUCAACUGCUUUGAAUCGAAAGGAAUGUCUGUCUUUGUGUUUGACUUUUUUUUUCUUUUUUUUUUCCAAAUAUGAAACAAAAGCCAAGAAAAAGAAUUACUGUUUACACUGUUCUAUGCUUUUGGGCAUCAGAGGACUGUAAUCAUUACGUUAAAACUGUACAACUGCAUUUAAUUACAAAAAUUGCAGAAAAACAGUCAGACAAUGGUGAUACAUGUGUAUAUACUGUUUAUUAAUGUCAAUAUUCAAGUCUUGUUUGGAACGAAUUGUUUAAAAUAUCAGAUAUUGUUUAUGCCUUAGAAUGAUUGUAGCAUUCUAUUCUAUUUUAGUGAAAGUGAUAAAAAAAACAUUAUAAAUAUUGUUUGUACAAUAUAUACAUAUCCUCUGCAAACACUGUGGUAUCCUUAAUCUUGGUAGUGCCUACCCUUCCAACAGGGGCGUAGGGGAUAUAAUUUUUUCGUUUUUCCAUUUUUAUGAUGACAUUAUUUUUUAUGUAUAAUUUCAAUCCAACAUGGCCUCCAAAGUCUGACAGUGACACAGUAAUCUUUCCUCUCCAUACAGAAAGAGAAAAACAAACAAACAACGUUUAAGGAUUUUUUUUGUCUUUUUUUCCCCCAUGAAACAUUUCCCCACAUCUGCCUUGCCACAGUACAGAGGACGUAAGGCCAUUUGUAACCACUGUGUUUGAAUCUUGCUGUGUGUCGUGGCCUAAUGGAGGCAGCUAGAGUUUUUUGUACCCAAGUCAGAGUACUUGAAGUUACUUUAUUUAAGAUAUUGUGGAAAAAUAACAUCAUUCUUUUUGUAGGAGCUUUAUUUUUCACUAGUGUGUGGCACGGACCUAUUAAAGGAUGUUUUUCAACCUA